AAUUCUGCACUCACCUUCGAUGUGUUAAAUUUACCAUCUUUGACUUUAGACAGCAGCUCUUGUACAUGACACGUCAUUGCAGCCACCUACACAGACGUCUUGGUUAUUUAAAAAUACCAAUAAAUACCAAAUAACAUUGCGGUAAAAUUAUUUUCCAAGAAAAAGCCCAUCAUCUAUGCUGAAAUGUUUCAUUUAAAACCAAACCGAAAAAAACGCAGUAAACUACACACGGGUACCUGCUCGGUGAGGGUAUCGAACAGUACGGCAGCUUUAGGCACAUCAUUCUGGAUCAAAUCCUGCAAGAAAGUUUAAAAAAAUAGAUGAAAAAGUAGCACACAAGUUAAAAGAAAUGGCCUCGGAGCAAGUGAGCUAACUAGUAUGCGCUUUAACUACGUUGGCUUCCUAACAUGCUAGUGGGCUAGCUAAGAAGCCGACGUAGUUAAAGACAAAAAAGCUAUCCUCACAAACUGUCAACAAUUUAACGCAUCAUUUAACAAUUUAACGGUAAGUCAUGUCCAAACAAUAGAAUGAAUAUAACGUUGAAAAUGUACUAACAUAAUAAUAACAAACAGCGGUUAGCAAGGCUCUACUCACGUUGUCUAUGCGAGAAGCCAUUUUAGAUUUGCUGAAAAUACGGGAGUUGCAAUGGGACAAAUUGCAUUUUCGGGUUUUCAGCUAUUAACUCAACUUGAUAAAUACACUUGCUAAAAUUAAUUUAUUUAGUGUUCUUUUAAAUCAGACAGAUCAUUUAAUCCGACGAUUGUUAUAAUAUAUACAUCCGUGUAAUAAAUCCUGAUGCUAAAUGAUAGUAACAAAUACCAUUAUUUAAAUAGUAUGCGUGUGUGUGUGUGCGUGUGUUUGUGGGAGGAGAGAAUGGGAGCGAGGGAGAGAUAAAGAGAGAAGGGAGAGACUUUCAGGUUUCCUCAAACCAUUAACCAUCAAACUGUCACCCUGGAUGACAAACUGACCAAUAAUCUGAGCCUUUGUGGAAGUAGUCAUGAUGUCUGAAUCCAGGGUGUCCUCUGUCAUUCAUGAGUGGAUGAGCCCCUACCCGGGUCAGGCCCACAUGACCACAUCAAGUCCUGCAGGUUCCACCAAUCUGGCUCCAAUGGACAUGAUAUCAUACGGUCAGUCUCAGGGCCUGAGGGGAGACAGUGAGGACAGAAUGGACGAGCAGAUAAUGGGACUGUCCUACCUACCGUACACAUCUUCUUGUCUGGGCAACACCACCAGUACAGGGACUCACCAUCACCACCAGAACCAUGACAACAAUCAGCAGGAGUUCUCUGCGCCUUUCCUCUUGCCAACAAUGCGACCGCCGGUGGCUAAGCGGUGCAUCAGCAAGGACAGUGCAGAGUACCGACUGCGACGCGAGAGGAACAACGUCGCCGUGCGCAAGAGCCGGGAUAAGGCCCGGCGGAGGAUCCUGAUGACCCAGCAGAGGGCCCUGCAGCUGCAGGAGGAGAACCAGAAGCUGCAGAUGAAGAUUGGGCAGCUCACACAGGAGCUGAACACUCUCAGACACAUCCUGUCUCAGCGGCACAUGACAGGUUCUGAGGAAGGAACAGCAGGGGUGUCCACUAUCUAAGCAACAGGUGUCCAAAUGUAACCCAGGGGUAAUGUUUUACUUUACUGGCCAGCGGCAUCUAAAUAAAAACAAAAAGACCUUCACAAAAUUAAAUAAAAAAGGCCAUUACCCCGAAUGGAUGCCGUUUACUUGUUGUAAGUCUUAACAUAAACAUCAAUUUCAGACUUUAAAAAAAAAAAUCUAAUAGCACACAAUUUAAACCCAUCUCAGGCAACUUUAUUUAAUUUUUCUUAUGGCAAAGGUGACUCGUUUGAGUAACAGGAGUGAGUUUCAAUGUGUAGAAUAUGUUGCUUGAUUAAAGAAAAUAUAAAAAAAUAAUGUCCCACGAGUGGACUUCGAGAGCCUUGGAUUUUUCAGGACUCUGGACACCGCUGAUCUAUGAACACUAUAUUAUACCUGCAUAUUUUAACAAGAAAUGCAUCAAAAGAUGUGCCACAAUAUGUUGAUUAUUUUGCUUGUCGGUUGCAUCAUACUGAAGUUAAAUAUUAGAAAGCCAUCUCAAUAUGAAGCAGCGUCACCAAUGAUGGUCUUAAUUGAAGUGUUCUGGAUGGUCAGUAUACUUCAUUGACAUAUGUUUUGCCGCCAUUCUCAGGAAUAAUUCAACUUUUAAAAUAAAUUCCAGAAAGAUACAAUAUGUAAAAGGUUGGUGUGUACAGUUUUGGUUAU